CUGGAGUCCAAAGCUUCCUGAAAAGAUCAUGGCUGAAUCCAGUGACAAUUCUCUGAGGAUUGUUCUGGUAGGGAAAACAGGAAGUGGGAAGAGUGCCACAGCAAACACUAUCCUGGGGCAAAAGACAUUUGCUUCUAGAAUUGCAUCCCAUGCUGUCACCAAGACCUGUCAGAGAGCAUCCCGGAAGUGGAAAGAGAAAGAGCUCCUGGUUGUUGACACCCCAGGGCUCUUUGACACCAGGGUAAAGCUGGAAACCACCUGCAUUGAAGUCAGCCGGUGUGUCCUCUACUCCUGCCCUGGGCCUCAUGCCAUCAUCCUGGUACUGCAACUGGGUCGCUACACAGAGGAAGAGCAAGAAACUGUUAUUAGGAUCAAGGCUAUCUUUGGGGAGGCAGCCAUGAAGUACAUGAUUGUCUUGUUCACCCGCAAAGAUGAGCUGGAGGACCAGAGCCUAAGUGACUUCAUAGCAGACUCAGAUACAAACCUUAAAAGUAUCAUCAGAGAGUGUGAUGGCCGCUGCCUGGCCAUCAACAACAAAGCAGAGACGGCUGAGAGGGAAGCGCAGGUACAGGAGCUGGUGGGGUUGGUGGAAGCGACGGUGCAGAGAAACGGGGGCAUCUACUUCUCUGACGCCAUAUACAAGGAUGCGGAGCAGCGGCUGAAAGAAGAGGAAGCGAUCCUCAGGAAACUCUACACCCACCAAAGACAGAAUGAAAUUAGAGUAGUAGAGGAAGAGCAUGCUCUUGGGAAACUUGGCACUCAGGAAAAAGAGGGCAUAAUCCAAGCAAUUAAGGAAAAAUAUGACAAAAAGAUAAGACAAGAAGCAGAGGAUAACAUAUUCAGCCAGAUUUUUGAAGCAGUCAAGAAAAUUCUUUCAAAAAUAUGGCAUUUUAAACGGGUGGUUGCACAUGCCUUUAAUCCCAGCACUCGGGAGACAGAGGCAGGAGGAUUUCUGUGAGUUCGAGGCCAGCCUGGUCUAUAGAGUGAGUGCCAGGACAGGCUCCAAGGCUACAGAGAAACCCUGUCUCAAAAGUAAAUAAAUAAAUAAAUACAAAAAAGAAAAGAAAUAAAGAAAACAUUGUGUUUUUUCAUAAGUAGUUUGCAUCUUAUUCCCUACCAUUCUCCCUGCUGGCCCUUCCUUCAGCCACCAACAAACUUGAAAGACAGCAGAACCAGAAAUUCACUGAACCAGAGUCAAGACCCAGCGUGAGGCUCCAAGCCCAGGUCAUGCACCCCACACUCAGCUGCCUAUGCUAGCCUGCCCUGCCCUCCCUAUGCUGAUGGCUGAUGGACCAGAAUGCCUCUGUCACCAUGAGCCCAA